GGUCAAAGCAGCUUGCUCUCGACUCAAUCACAAUUCUGCACUGUUGACCUUGCUCAGCUUCAAUUGAUCGCUGUACAAUACUUAAGUAUCCCGAACAAAACCAUCACAUCAUAAUGUCGUCCACCCUACUCCGCAGCACACCCGCUGUCCGCGCCGCCCUGCGCACCCGGGCUGCGUCUACGGCUUCCCUCGCCGGUGCGAGCUUUGUGCGCGGCAAGGCCACGCUGCCUGACUUGCAGUACGACUAUGGCGCCCUCGAGCCCUACAUUUCGGGCCAGAUUAUGGAACUGCACCACUCCAAGCACCACCAGACAUACGUCAACGGCCUCAACACGGCUCUCGAGACGGUUGCCGAGGCUGAGUCCAAGGGUGACUACACCAAGGCUGCCUCGCAGGCGCCCCUCAUCAACUUCCACGGCGGCGGUCACCUCAAUCACUCGCUCUUUUGGGAGAACCUCGCGCCCGCAAGCCAGAACGGUGGCGGCGAACCUGACGGCGCUCUGGCCAAAGCCAUCACCAAGGACUUCGGCUCCUUUGAUACGCUUCGCAAGCAGACCAACGCGGCCCUCGCCGGCAUCCAGGGCAGUGGGUGGGCGUGGAUCGUCAAGGACAAGACAAGUGGCACCUUGAGCCUUGUCACUCGUGCCAACCAGGACCCUAUUACCGGCAACCUUGAGCCUCUCCUGGGCAUUGACGCCUGGGAGCACGCCUACUACCUGCAGUACCAGAACCGAAAGGCUGAGUACUUUGACGCCAUCUGGAAUGUCGUCAACUGGAAGGCCGUUGCCAGCCGUUUUGAGAAAUAG